UUUUUCUGUCUUUUGUAGCUCUUUUUACCCUUUACUCCCAUUCCCAGACCUCUCCUCGCUACAGCUAAAACAAUGUUUUAGAGCUUUUCUCUGUAUCUUUGCAGAAUCAUUUUGAGUUGAUCCACAUUUCUCUUGAAUGUGGUAAGUGAGUUGGAUGUACUUUUGGGUUGUUUUUUUUUUUGUGUGUCAGUGGAUUGACACAUUUUAUAAUCAGGCAUCACUGGCUAAUGUACAAAUCUUCUAAGGAUACAGCCAGUCAUCUUUUUCAAACAGAUGCCUGCUGCAUGGGCUGAGUCGUCUGCGAUCGUCAUCUCUGCAGUGCUUUGGAGUGUGCAGGCCUGGCACGGCUAGCUCUUAUCCUGCUUCACUGGCUUCAGCUGAGCCACUGUGUCAGAGCAGUCUGCUGUGUGAGAACCUCAGUUCUGGAUCACAGGGAGGCUGCCUUAAGCAAUGCUUAAUCUGGAUGUUAUGGCAGCUGGUCUGAAUCCUCAGAUUUCUACCUCGCCAAGAUAAGCUGGAUUUCCAUGGUGCGGACAUGUUCCUUGAACCAGGACCCUCUGCUGUAGUUUCGAACAGUUUCCUGCAACUUGUCCUUCUGGCAUUUCCUUCCUUGCUGAUUUGACUGUUGGGAUAUAUACAGGACAGUUGAUCUGGGGGCUCCCUGCUUCCCCAUGGCAUGCUGUUUCAAGUCCCACCACCAUGGAAGCUGGACGCUCAACACUCCUCUUCCAGAUGAUGAAGCUGAGCAGCACCACGGCACAAUGGUGGGAGAGGGGGGCAGCACGGGGGACAGCACCCCUCCCCCAAAGCGCAAGGGCAAGUUCUCUACCCUUGGCAAGAUCUUCAAGCCAUGGAAGUGGCGGAAGAAGAAAAGCAGCGAGAAGUUCAAGGAAACUUCAGAAGAGCUGGAGAGAAAGAUGUCGACGAGGCGUACGAGACAGGAACUUAUAGAACAGGGAGUGCUGAAGGAGGUCCCGGACAAUGAUGCAGAUGCAGAUUCACAAAACCUGAAGCCUCCCUACGUGAAAAAUGGUCACACUCUGCCUGUGAGCGCCGGGGUCGGAGGUGGAGGCGGAGGCGGGGGAGUCGUCAGCAGUGCCAGGAGCCCAUGCAACCAGAGUAAACUCCCACCUGAGUCAGACUUUAGGAUGAACCCGGCCUGGCUCACCCAGCCAGACGAACGCAGGGGCCGCCCUCCCUCGGACAUAGACCACCGGGGAGCUCUGUGCUCCCGGGGUACAGGACUGCAUGAAGACGGGCGGAGAGGGGGAGGGGUGAUGGGGGCACGUGCACACGGGGAGGGCGAGUGGAAGCCUAACAUGGUCUGGCAGGGCCAGAUUCACAGCCACAUGGAGGAGGGCAGACGUGGAGGCCGGCUUCACCCCGAGGACGGGCAGAAGAGGCCCGGGCUGCAGAAGGCCCCAUCGGAGGACUGCAGGAGGAGUCGGCCUAUGGAAGCGGACUGGAAGCCCACACUCCCUCGACAUGCAUCAGCCGAGGAGGGAAGGGCCCACAGAGAGUCAGACAGCCAUUUUAUCCCUGACCCGGAAGCCCUGCGCAACACCCUGCGUGAACCUCUGCCACCUAAACAGCCUGUCAUGCCUCCAAAAUGGCUGGUGACCCCGGCCCCUGACCCGGACAGCGAGGGUCCGCCGCGCACCCCAUCCAACCACCCCGCGACCCAGUACUCCUCUCCCUCCGCCUCCUUGGCGGCGGCGUCCAAACCUGUUCGGUGCGUCUCCUCUGCGGGUGUGUCCACUCAGCCGUCUUCUGCAGCCCCGACCUCCACCUCUCAGGCCACCAAGCAGCCCCCGCUGCCUCCACCCAAGCCGGUGAACAGGAACAACGCCGCCAUGCUGGUCUCCGCCCUGCAGGGGGGAGAGAACGCUCAGCUUCCGCUCUACUGGUCCUGCUGGAAGCGAGAGUGCGACUAUGAUGUCUACCUGUCCCUGCCCGUCUACCUGUGCCGACGGGCCGGAGGCCUGCGCUCAGGUGACUUCAGCCAAGCCACCGGGGGUGCCAGUCUUAUGCCAGCCAAGCCCUCUCCACCGAUGCCCCCGAAAAGGACAACCCCGGUAACCAAACGCAAUAUGGAGGACUCCUCUGCCUCGAGCCAUCCCAUCAACCCCUCACCGCUCUCUCUGGAGGACCACAGCAGUCUCCCUGUGGGCUUCCAGCUGCCUCCCCCUCCUCCCUCCCCUCCCCUGCCAACUCACAUACCACCUUCUCCACCCCGGCAACACAUACACACCCACCACCUCCACCAUCAGCAUUCCUACCCCCACCCCCUGCCUCAACCUAUACCCAUGCUGUUUGACCCCCCAAGCCCGACCAAUGAAUCUCCUCAGCGCCCGGCUCCUGUCCCGCUGCAUAUCAUGAUCCAGCGAGCCCUGUCCAGCCCCGGCCCGGCUCAGCCGCAUCCAGACGGGUUACAGCGUGCACACACUCUGCUCUUUGAAACCCCUCCAGAGUACCAAGGAGAUCGCAGUCGCCCCCUGCCUGUCAGCAUCCAACCACUAAAACUAUCUGAAGAUGACUACUCAGAGGAGGAGGAGGAGGAGGAGGAAGAGGAGGAAGAUGACGAAGAAGAGGAGGAGUACGAUGGGGAGAUCCCCCAGCCGGAGCUGGAGCCACGGAGUCGCCGGUGCUUGGUCGGGGAUGCAGGUGUUUGUGUCAUCCCAGGGGGAAAUAGCAGCGAUGAGGAGGAGGAUGAAGAAGAAGAAGAGGAAGAGGAUGAGGAAGACGAGCAUGACAUGCACGAGGAAGACAGCGACUCAGACGGUCCUGUGCUUCAUAAAGAUGAAGAUUCAGAUGAGGAUGAGGAGGAUGAACCCCCACCUAGCGCCCUGGCCAGCAGGGUCAAGAGGAAGGACACUCUGGCUCUGAAGCUGAGCAGCCGUCCCUGUGCUCCAAACAGGGACAGGUUCACCCAGGACAGGAGCAGCAGAGACGACCAGCCUCCAGGACAGACCGGCCUCACCUGGCAGAGCAGGGAGCAGUGGGAGGCCAUCCGCACACAGAUCGGCACUGCGCUCACAAGACGACUUAGUCAGAGACCCACAGCCGAGGAGCUCGAGCAAAGAAACAUCCUUCAGCCCAAGAAUCAGGCUGACAGACAAGCUGAGGUUAGAGAGAUCAAGCGGCGGCUGACCAGGAAGCUGAGUCAAAGACCCACAGUCGCAGAACUACAAGCGAGAAAAAUCCUGCGGUUCCACGAGUACGUGGAAGUCACAGACGCCCAAGACUAUGAUCGGAGAGCAGACAAGCCGUGGACUAAGCUGACUCCAGCUGACAAGGCGGCUAUCCGGAAAGAGCUCAACGAUUAUAAGAGCACUGAAAUGGAGGUUCAUGAAGAGAGCAGAAUUUACACAAGGUUUCAUCGGCCUUAGCGUCUGCAUCCCCCUCGCCCCUUCUUCAUGGAUAGUGAAGCACUUAAGAUCUCUGUGGCGAGAGGCUGCUCCCUAUGCAGACUGAUGGCCCUUUAUGUUUCUCGAAUGUACUGUACAGAUCAUCAGGAAAAGCCUGGAACUGACUCAAAACAAGAAUGCUUCUCGCUUGCCCUCCAUCGCCCUCUCACUACAUUGCUAUCACUUAACUGAGGCGGUGGUGGGUGAGGCCCCCAGAUGCAGUAUUUCUCCUGGACGACAGGGGGAACCACGUGCCAAUGAAGUGGAGAAGUGGCAGAGGACCUACAGGGCUUAUUCUCACUCUGCUGUUAUGUGGUACCCCUCAGGGACUUGGAUCUAGUUACAACCUUUAAUGCGGCCUCAUUCUGUGUUGCCUUUUUUCUUCUUUACUGUAUAUGGAAAAGCUAAUUCAUCUUGUUAAUCUAAUAACAUACAAUAAUUAUAGUAAUAAUAAUGAUGAUGACUUAUAAUACUCCACACAGUAAUAAUAGAUAAUAGGGACAAACGGCAGCAGCGAGAGCAGGCUGGAGAAUGAAGACUGGGAUAUUCUGUUUUAGGACUGGACAUCUCUGGGAUAUUGUAUGUGUUUUAUAUUAAUUGUGUACAGACUGCUAUUGUGAUACCUUAGAAUGAAACCUGGAGCGAUAUAAUUACAAAAUAAUCUGUAAUGCACAAGAUAUUUUAUAUUGUAAUUUUGAUCACAUGAGUAGUGACAGUUUUUAUUUGAGCCAUUUUUUUUUUUUUGGCUUGCCUGUAUUUAUGGUUGUGAUGUGAGGUGGCCAUUUAAGCAUCAAUCUAGGUAUAAAAAAGGUGCAGGUCAGGAGGCUGUUGGUGUUUUUAUUUGUGCCAACGUACCCAAUGCCUAAAGGACUAUAGAAGGCUGGUUUUCAUAUCACUGAUUUCUGCAAUCCACUGCAUGAGCCAACACAGAAUCCAGCGCCACUGGUUCUGGAUAAUCUCUCUUCAUUUAUACUUUUUUAUGAGUUUUUGUACUUCCCUUUAAAGAUCAACCAUGCAAUGCAUUCUGUAGCCAUUUUGAAUAAGGUCAUGCUAGUAGUGUCUAUACUAAGAGUUAAAUGUAAGUUGCUGUGAGUAUAGAUCAGGGAUUUAUCAAAAAAUCAGAAAAUGUAUAAACGGUCAACAGGGAGUAAUUUUGGCUGGAACCUUCUGACAAUGCAGAAGUGAUUUAUCUUGUAUUGUUUUCUGGCCAGUAGCUUACAGGGUUCUCUAUGCUGUGUACAGGUUGAUAUAGGUUUAACUGAUGCUUGUGUAUAUCUUGUCUUCCUUUCAUUUGAAAAGAAAUUUUAAAUAUAAAAGUAUUAUAGGUUGCUAUUUUUUUAAGCACAGAAUAUUAGUUUAUGAUUAAAUGCUACAAGAAUGGGAAUAUGAAAGUGUACCUUUUCUGUAAAACUAAGUUCAUUUUUAAUUGAAUGUGGAAUUGUAUGGACUGACAGUUUUCUUUUUAAUUGUAAAUAGUCACAUCUGGAUCUAAUUAAAAAUCUUACAAUUCCUUGAA